AAGACAGGGGGGGAGGAAGAAUUCAAUGCGUAUGUAGAUCACACAAUCAGAGGAGAGCAAAAGCAACACAGAGAGACAGCAGAAGGAAAGCCAGACUUGUUUUUCUUGUUUCUCAGGAAGGUAGGACGUCUUCUUGUAAACACCCAACACUCGGUGCACAUACAGUUAAACUGGAGGAUUAGUGACUGUGGCUUGGACUUGAAAGCUCACAUCUCAGCAAAAGAAAUGUCGACAUCACCUCCUCAAGUGAUUCCAAGAAAGCCCUCAGGUAUCAAAGUGCUGACUCCACUUCAAGAGCAGUAUCGUCCAGGUGUGCUGCCCAUCAUCACAGAUGCUGGCAAAGAGAAUGGUAUCAGUGGGAAGACACGCCACAUACUGCUGAUGACUGCAGACAGAGAAGUUGAAAUCAUGAAUCACUGCUUUGACGAUAUGGAGAGAUUCAUGACUCGCUUGCAGCAGACAGCAGAAGCCCAAAGCAUUCUUAACCAAAGGACCAAAAAGAGUGGCAAAAAAAGCAACAAAAAUGAGAAGGGAGACAACCUGUUGACCAAAAAAGCAAUCCCUCCAUCAGAGCUGGAAUUUGUGGACAUCUUUCAGAAAAUGAAGUACUCCUUCUGUUUACUGGAUCGCCUGAAGUCAUCUAUCUCGCAGCCAGAUGCACCAGAUCUGCUCCACUACAUCUUUGUGCCUCUUAGAUUAAUGGUGAAAACAACUGGAGGGCCAACAUUAGGUGCAUCUGUGGAGAGUCCAGCUAUGACCAGAGGUGCUGUUUCUCUGCUCCAAGCGCACCUGACUGAAGAGGAAAAGGAGCUGUGGAGAUCACUAGGACCCAACUGGACCUCUCACAGUUUGGAGCGGACUGUUUCUGCUCCUCCAUAUUCACCUGUCUUCCUGGAUGGGUGGCAGCCACAGGCUUAUGACUCAGCCUCCCAGCUAAUAGAAGAUCCCAUCCAGUUACAGCACAAAGAGGAUGAUUUCAAUGAAAGCAGACAAAAGCAAAGUCAACAGGAACAUGCUCAUCCUGCAGCCAAGAACCACGGAGAAGGGACAGAAAAUGUAAAUGAAAAUAGGCUUCCACCAAACGGCGAGAGAAUGUAUUACUGUAGUUAUGACUUUGUGGCCAGAAACAGCCAUGAACUCUCUGUGCUGCAUGGAGAAACACUUGAGGUCCUUGACGCAUCAAAGCAAUGGUGGAAGUGUCAGAAUACAUAUCACGAAAUAGGAUUUGUUCCCUCUACCAUUCUGGAGCCUCUGUCCGCUGUGAAUAACACAGAGAGAGACCAUCCAGCGCUUCGAACAGAGUCAAAGAAGGUUGCUCUCAUCCCCCAGACAAAGAGUUUCUCCUAUGCCGCGUCGAGGACAGAUGGGUUUAGCAGGACUGCUACCAGCCCAGCAGAUCGAGCUAAGAGCAUGAUGCUACCAUCUAACAUUAUGUCAAGAGAAAAUGACCGAGUCCUGGUUAUGAACGAUGAGCUUCUGCAGCGGCUGGCUAAAAAAAGGAACUUGAUUGAUCAGAUGGAGGUUCCCUCCACAGCUGGCAACUCGGUCCCCCUGAACUACCACUCCCCAAGUGCUGAGGUGAAGGCCUGGCUCAUUGCGAAGGGCUUCAGUCAGAGGACAGUCCAGAGCCUGGGAGUUUUGAAUGGAGCGCAGCUGUUCUCCCUUAAAAAUGAGGAGCUCUGCCGUGUGUGCCCCUUAGAAGGAGAAAGUGUUUACAUGCAGAUCCUGGGACAGAAGUCCCUUCUCGAGGAUGUGCGCAAAGUUUCUGAACUCGAGACGGUGAGGGAGAAGUGAAAUGUGAUGACUGACCUGGAUGAGAAAAUAAUAAAAGAAGCAGAAAUCCACGAUGACUUUAAGAGAUAGGAGAAGAAAUUACUGUACAUGAAGGUUACAUAAAUGUAUUAAUUAAACAGAGUAAUAUCUGCACUGCCACGCAAAAGUUUCUUUAAUUUUUUUGUGUUUUUCUUAUUGUUAUUACAUGUUUUAAAAGAAAUUUUGCUAACGUUGUUCUUACUGUUUUUUGUCCUUUUCUAAUAUGGUAUUAACCAAUAUGUUUAUUACGCCAAAACACAUCCUGAAAACAGCAGAACAGAAGUAAGCCUUUAUUCAUAUUGUACAUGAAGGUUACAUAAAUGUUUUAAUGAAACAGACUAAUAAUUGCACUGACAUGAAAAAGAAAAAGUAAUUUCAUGUUUUUUUAAAAUAAACUUUCACAAUUACAGUUUUGAUUCUGUUAUAGUUAACGUCUUAUUUCAUAUCCUUUAAGCUAAUAUGUGGACAAUAACAAUGCAAAAUAAAAAAUGAGACAAACAAAUGUAAAAUGUUUACAUUUGUCCGUAAAACACAAAAAAAACGGAUAAAUCCUCUGGGUUUGCCACAGAUUAUCCACUUUUCUGUUUGUUUAUUUCCCAUUUAUUUUUAUUAUGCCACUUUGUACAGCCACAUGUUUCAGUCUAAAUGUACAAACAUAUCACAUUAAAAAAACAUUAGUAUUAAUUUUCUCUUGUUUUCAAGACAGCAAAAAUGAUUAUUUGCUCCAUUUACUAUUGUGUACAACAUAGAAACAUACAUAAACUGAAUAUUUGUAUCAGUACCCAUCAACAGAGGUAAUAAACAUAUUUGUAAUGUUUAUUUGAAGAAUGGCAAAUCUUCUAAAUCAUUACUUUCUCAAACUAAGUUCAACAUGAUCUUCCAAGUCAUUGGUAUAAGUUCUGACAAGGUCUUAAACAUGUUUGAUCUGAAAUAACCGAUUCGAGGCGACCCUGCAGAUGUCAACACAUGCAAAAACACACAUUCAGUUACAGAAGAAGGUAAAUCAACAUGAUGUGAACAUACUGUUGCUUCACCUGAGUUUUACAAAUAACAUUCACUAGAGGUCAAAUUUUACUGUGUACACAACAAAUGACCUUUCAGAUUACUCUAUCCAGAUUGUGUAACCUUGUCCUUAUUUGGCGUCUUAAUAUCAUCACAGGUGGAAAGAUGCAUCUACCUUAAGUAUUUAUUACUCAUUUUAGAUAUUUUGAUGCAUAAUGUUUACAAAUGUGCCGCUGCAGUUAUCUAUAUCAGAGAGGUCAUAGAACGACAAGUAAACAAAUGCAUACAAGAAAAAAUGAAGGGGGAGGGGAUGUCUUAAGGAGGAUUUAAGCUAGUAGGUGACAUGGUGAAAAAUGAAAAUUGGGCCUAUAAUGGCCAUGAUUACGGAGAAAUGUUCGGCUGACAGCUUGUAACUUUACAUAUCGCAGAUUAUUUCAUCUAAUUGCAACUUUUCAACCUCAUCGACCCCUGCUAUGCAAAAGUAAUUUUUAAGGUUUUAUUUGUUUUACUUGCCUUCAGCACUAAAUACAACAAUUUCUCCACGUCUUAUUUUGCAGGGAUCAGUAUGUGAAAAAAUGUCCUGACAACAUUUUUGGCAGGAAUAAAAAAAAAACACUAGCAUGGUUAUAUUUUUGGAUUAAUGUGUCCUACCCCCUAUAA